UGGGAGUGCGCGCUGUGUAAAGAGCAUCGGGGCUGUCUUGGGAAAACGGCGAUUUAUACAUUUCCCAAGUCAUGGGAAACGUUGGAAGAUAACCAGCUGAACGCCAUUUUUCCAGCUUCAUACAUACAACUUGGUGUUCAAGAACAGUCAUGAGCACGUGACUUUGCAUAGAAAAAGUCGAAGAUCGUUAUUCUGAAUAAUAAAACGGGUAGAGGAGACUCUUGCUUAUCCAAGGCUUCAAGAAAGCGUAAAGGAGCAGAGCCAGGUCACUCAAAAUCGCACAAGAGAAGAGCAGCAGCUUCCACUACCACAAUGACAGCAGUGACUGAGGCCAUUGAACUGGAAAGUGGAGAAGAAGUGGUUGAUCUUACCUGCGAAUCCGCUGAACCAGUGGUUGUCGACUUGACUAACAAUGAUUUGAGCAUCAAUGACUCUGUGGUUAUUGUUGAAGAUACCCCCAGGCAGAGACGGGCUGUAUCCAGAACUUCACAACAAACGUCCAGCUGUGUAUUAAGUAGCGAUGAUGAAGACUCAAGAGUCACAGAGCAAGUCGGAACAAAUAAAGAUAUUUCUUCAACAGGCGAUGGUAGUUCAAGAUCUUCUUCAGGAAAAGUGAGUUGUCCGAUUUGUAUGGAUUGCUAUUCAGAGAUUGUACAGAGUGGGCGCCUGAUUGUGUCAACUAAAUGCGGCCAUAUCUUCUGCAGCCAGUGCCUCCGGGAUGCUCUUAAAAAUGCUCCUUCAUGCCCGACCUGCAGGAAAAAACUUAAUCAUAAACAAUAUCACCCUAUAUAUAUAUGAAAUCUAUACAAUAUUUCUGGAAUAUGACGCGCACACCUUUUUUUAUUUUUUAAACUUCAGUUCCCAUGUGCUUCACCGGUAAUUAAUUUAAUAAUUGAUUGAACCGGCUACCGUUGAUUGCAAUGUUGCUAAAAAGAAGUGGACUGGUCCUCCCCCUCCUGGUUGUGUUUUUGGGAGUGGAAAGUUUAAAGAAAUUAAUUUAUAUUGGUUUUUUUUUUUCUCUUUCUUAUUAUAAACUGGGGAAUAAAUGUAAAUCGUUUCAAAAUUUAAUAACAUGGCAAAAUAAAGGCUAGUUGAA